GCUCGCUCACCCCAGCCGCUCCUUGGUCCACUGCCCACCAUGAGCGGAUUCCGGUUUUUGAAUCUCGUCCGUCCGUUCCUGCCCAUCCUCCCCGAGGUCUCGUCCCCCGACCGCAAAGUCCCCUUCAACCAAAAGGUGCUAUGGACCGCCGUCACGCUCCUCAUCUUCCUCGUCUGCUCCCAGGUCCCGCUCUACGGCAUCAUGUCCUCCGACUCUGCCGACCCGCUCUACUGGAUGCGUGUCAUCCUCGCCUCUAACCGUGGAACCCUCAUGGAGCUCGGUAUUACGCCGAUCGUCACCUCGGGCAUGAUCAUGCAGCUGCUGGCCGGUGCGAACCUCAUCGAGAUCGACUUUUCGCUCAAGGAGGAUCGUGCGCUGUUCAGCGGGGCUCAGAAACUCUUUGCUCUCAUCAUCGCUCUCGGUCAGGGUACCGUGUACGUCCUCACUGGCCUUUACGGCCAGCCUAGCGACCUCGGCGCCGGUAUCUGCCUGCUUCUGAUCAUCCAGCUCAUCUCGGCCUCGCUGAUCGUCAUCCUCCUCGACGAGCUUCUCCAGAAGGGCUACGGUCUCGGCUCUGGUAUCUCCCUCUUCAUUGCGACCAACAUCUGCGAGUCUAUCGUCUGGAAGGCGUUCUCGCCUACGACCAUCAACACCGGCCGUGGCCCCGAGUUCGAGGGCGCCGUCGUCUCGCUCUUCCACUUGCUCUUCACCUGGAACGACAAGGGCCGCGCGCUCCGCGAGGCGUUCUGGAGGGACCGUCUCCCGAACAUCAUGAACCUGAUCGCCACCGUCGUCGUCUUCGCUGUCGUCAUCUACCUCCAGGGCUUCCGGAUCGAGAUCCCUGUGAAGAGCAACCGGUUCCGCGGACAGCGCGGCAGCUACCCCGUGAAGCUGUUCUACACGUCGAACAUGCCGAUCAUGCUGGAGAGCGCGCUCACGUCGAACGUGUUCAUCAUCUCGCAGAUGCUCGCGUCGCGCUUCCCGACCAACUUCCUCGUCCGCCUUCUCGGUGUCUGGGAGCCCCUGGAGGACUCGCCCCAGCUCGCAGCCGUGUCUGGCAUCGCGUACUACAUGUCGCCGCCGCACACGCUGCACGAGGCGCUCGUCGACCCCGUCCACACGCUCAUCUACAUCGCGUUCACGGUCACCGCCUGCGCGAUCUUCUCGAAGACGUGGAUCGAGGUGUCCGGGUCGGGCCCGCGCGACAUCGCGAAGCAGCUCAAGGAGCAACAGAUGGUCAUGGCCGGCCACCGCGAGGGGUCCAUGUACAAGGAGCUCAAGCGCGUCGUGCCCACUGCGGCGGCGCUCGGUGGCGCGAUCCUGGGUCUGCUGUCCGUCGUCGCGGACCUGAUGGGCGCGAUUGGCAGCGGGACGGGUAUCCUGAUGGCCGUCACGAUCAUCUACAGCUACUGGGAGAUCGGCAUGCGCGAGUCUGGCGGCCCCGAGAUGGCCGCGCUCGGCGAGCUCUUCUGAGCACCGUGUUCAUCAGCACCGCAGUAAAUACCACCAGGGCACGCAGGGUCCGGGGACGCGCUGGACGCUGGACGGGCGUGGAUGGGCGCGGGGGACGAGGACGAGAACGACGACGAAAGUUACGCUACGUUACGGGCUGUCAUUUGUAGUGCCGCGCUCAUCGAUAAUUUAACGCGACGUCUUCCGG